AUGUCGACGCCGAUCCCAGCGCCAGCAGCAGCAGCAGCAGCAGCACCUACGGACGACGAGUACCAGCUGCAGCGGUCGCGAAACGGGUGCUUGACGUGCCGCGCCAGAAGGGUCAAGUGCGACGAGAUCAAGCCCCAGUGCGGGCGGUGCAAGGCGGGCGGGCGGGAUUGCGGCUGGGGGCCCGAGAAGGCGCCCAACCCGCGUAAACGCAAGCGCAAGCCCCCGACGACGACGACAGCCGACGGCCCGGCACGCACGGCUUCGAGGCCGCCGAACGGCGCCUCCCCCGAGCCCGCUGCGCCGUCCCGCGCUGGCUCGAGCUCGUCCUCCCACGUACCCAGCAGCAGCACCAAGCCCGCGCCAGCUACCGCACCUGACCUGCCGCCCGUGGACUGGAUCUCGGCCAACUCGCGCAAGAAGCUCAUGAUGGAUCCAUCAUUCCUCAACGCCUUCUUUCCACGAGUCGACGAGAUGCUCACGUUCCGGCAUUACAUUGGCAACGCGGAGGACCUCAUCGCAUUCAACUCGCAGCGCAGCCCGUUCAACCCCUGGGUCACGAUUCACGCGCCUCUUGCUUUCCGCUACUCGCCUGGGACAUGCGACACGACCGACGCGCUGCGUACCGCCAUGCUCGCUGUCGGCGCUGUGCGGCUGCGCUUCAUCGACGACCCGACCAACCAGGCCGCCGCGUGCCGCGUCACUGCUGAGGCGCGGAAGCGCGUGCUCGGGCUGCUGGCUCACGUUCUCGCCGACCCGGAAAAGUACGAGGACGAGGUGGAGACGGCGUUUGCUGCGUUGUUGAGCAUCACCGUGUCGAGUAGCCUGUCGGCAGAUAACGGAUGGGACGACCUCUUGACGACCGUCCUCAAACUCAUCGACCGGCUAGGCGGGGCGCAAAAGAUCCUCUCGUCGACCCCGCGCUCGCACUACAGCGUCACGCGGUUCGUGCUCGAGCAGCUUGCGAUCCGCGACGUGAUCGCGUGCAUGACGCUUGGGCGGCGGCCCAGCUUGAUCCGGCAGCCGUUCGAGCCGUGGUUCUUUGAGAUUGAGCAGUGGUCAGGCACCGACGUCGAGUGGGAGAGCGUGGAGCGCAUGUUUGGCGUGACGCGGGGCAUGGUCGACGUGAUGGCACGAGCAUGCUCGCUGAUCGGGAUCGCGCGCGAGUCGACGACGCUCGGCGGACGCCCGCCGCGCGAGCUGCAAGACUCUGCGAGCGGCCUGCUUGCCGAACUCCAGGUAUGGGACCACGGCUUCAACUUCUCCCCAUACCACAGCCGCACGCAGUACGGUAACCACUGCUUCCGGCACGCGAUGAGGAUUGCACUGCUGCGCGAUGUGCUGGGGUUGGACCAGGACGACGAGAAGGUCGUGUCGAGCGCGCGGGCCAUUAUCGAGCUCGCGAGAGAGCUGGACGCAGAGUACGGGCCGCUGAACUGGCUCAUGUGGCCUCUCCUCCUUGCGGGUUUCCAUAUCGGCCGUGACCUGGAGGCCCGCGAGCCUCUCCUCCAGCUCCUCGAGCACCCGGGGCCCCACAUGUGCUUCGAUUCACGCGCAGGCAUCCACCUGCUGAAGGAGUACUGGCGGCAGCAGGACGCCGGCGGAGGCGGGAACUCGCUCACGCACUGGCAGGUCAACACCAGCAACACCAGUAACAAUGAAAACGACGGCGCGAGCCAGACGGCGUCGACAGUGGCCGUGACGACCACCUCGGCGUCCGAGAAACGCACCACCAUCCAUGAGGCGACGCCCUCGUCCGAGCUCGACGGCGAGCACAACACCCUCCGGCAGACAGUCACGACCCGCACGACCCGCUCGGUCGCGGAAGCCCUCCGCGCCCUAGAGGACUUUGACAACGCGCCCGAGAACGCGCGCAACUGGUCGAACCGCACAAAGUGGAGCACGGUGAUCACGGUCGCCUUGACGGCCUUUGUGAGCACAUGCGGGAGCACGAUGGCCGUGCCCGGCAUUCCGUACGCCAUGCGCGACUUCGGCGAGAAGAACGAGAAGGUCGGGAUAUUGAUUGCCGGCUGUUACGUCCUCGGCAUGGGCACCGGGCCGUUCCUCUUCGCGCCCCUGUCCGAGCUGUAUGGCCGCCAGCCGGCGUACAUGCUCUCGCAGACGCUCUUCGUCAUCUUCUGCAUGGCGGCGGCGCUGGCGCCAAACAUGCCGGGCCUGAUCAUCCUCCGUUUCCUCUGCGGGUGCUUCGGCUCGGUUGGGCCGACACUCGGCGUCGCGACCUGCGCCGACAUGUUCAUCCCGCAGGAGCGCGGGCGCCCCGUGUCGCUGUACGCUAUCGGCCCCAUGGCUGGCCCCCCGUUAGGGUCAAUGUUCGGCUACUGGAUCGUGUUUGGCGGCUGGCGCUGGCUGCACUGGGCGAUCACGAUCCUCGGCGGCGUCAACUGGGUGCUGCUGGUCUUCUUCGCGCGCGAGACCUUCGCGCCGGCCAUCCAGAAGAAGUUUACCUACCGCGUGCGCCACCCGCCCGACGAGAACGCCGGCGCGGUGCGCCGCUGGCUCACCGACUUCCGCUGGAUGAGCGCCAUGGUGUCUGCCGACCAGGCCAAGGCCGCCUUCUCGAGCGCGUUCAGCCGCCCCCCGCGCCUGCUGUUCGGGAACCCCGUGGCGUCGAUUUCGAGCGUUUACUACGCGUACAUCUUUUCCAUUCUCUACCUCUUCGUGGUGGCCCUCAACAAGCUGUUUGGCCGCGCGCCGUACGCCGACCCCAAGCUGUUCAGCUAUGGCUGGCCGCAGGCAACCGUCGGCCUGUCGUACACGGGCAUGGCGACAGGCUUCUUCAGCGCGGCGUUUACUGCCGCCGCGUUCCAGGACAAGAUCUACAAGUACCUGUCGAAACGGAACGGCGACCAGGGUAGGCCAGAGUAUCGCCUUCUCCUCACCCAGAUCGGCAUCACGCUCAUGCCUAUCGGCCUGCUCAUCUUUGGGUGGACGGCCCACGCCGAGGUGCACUGGAUCGCUCCGAUGAUCGGCCAGUUCAUCCUGUCGUACGGCACCAUGCUGGCGUUCAACACGCUGCAGGCCUUUAUUGUCGACGCCUUCUUCCCGUACUCGGCGGCAGCGGUUGCCGGUGCCGUGUUUGUGCGCUCCGUGCUCGCGUGUAUCAUCUCCGUCUUCGCGCCGCAGAUGUUCACAGUCAUGGGCUGGGGCUGGGGUGGGACGUUCCUCGCGCUCGUCGCGGCGACGGGCAUCCCCCUGCCCACCAUCAUGUUCAAGUACGGCGCGCGCCUGCGCGAGCGCUUCAAAUUUAAAGGAUAGAACCUAACCUACAUGCAUGGCGAUCUGUGCGUGGCGGGUUUGGCAGCGUCUGGCAAGCGGCGCAUAGCCCGAGAUAUCACAAUACGCCGACGGAGAGA